UGAACUUUGAUUGAACCUUUUGAGAUUGAGUUAAGUUCUCCUCCUACAGCUUACCCCCUAAUGCGUCGAAAGCCAUAGCGUCGCGAAUACUUCAUCAAUCAACGUGAUUCAAAUUGGGAACGGUAGCUGAGAUUAAGAGCUACAACAUAUCCAAGUUUCGCGACAUUCCAACGGCUAGUUUUUCGUCGACGUUGUUUCUUGUGAAGACGACUUUUCUGUCCAGAAUUUCGGAUUUAUAUUUUGAGUAAUUCUAGUUCCUAAGUUCACCUAGACUCCGUCCUUAAUCCUAACAAGUGGUAUCAGAGCUGUAUUAAGGACGUUGAGAGGAGUCUACAGAAGUGUGAAGACCCUUCUAGACCCACCAUGGCCUGUGGCAGAUUCUGCAGGAGGACUUCCGCAGACGCCAUGUGGGAGGCGGUGCUGCCACUAAGACUGCUGAGGGGUAUGGAGCUGCAGGGCGCGGCAGAGGAAGAGGGGGUUGGAAAGGCCGAGGCCGUGGGAGGAGCUUUGGCAGAGGUAGAGGCCGAGGUGACUAUAAUGAGGGGCAUGGAAGCUCCAGUGGCAGGGGGAGCACCAGAAUGGAGGGCACCUGCUGGUACUGCAAGAAGAUAGGGCAUCCUUGGUUCAAGUGCUUCAGCAGGCCGGAGGGAUGGGCACCUCCAGGCAUGAAGCCGCCCAGUGGUGAACGCGCACAAGGUGGCGCUGUGCAAGGCUCAGGUGCACAAGGUGAAGGUGCACAAGGUAAUGCCUAUCCUGGUUUGUUUGUUAUGGUUGAGGAUGUGCAUGGGCAUGAGGGUGAUGUGGGAUCUGUGGGAAAGGUUGUGAUGCACCCUCUCACGCACUGGGUGAUUGAUUCAGGUUGCACCAGUC